AUGCCUCUCAAAGUUGCGAUCGUAGGAGGAGGCGUUGGCGGCCUCACAUUGGCGGUAGCACUCCAACACAAUCCGAAUCUCAAUGUGAACGUCUACGAGAGGGCGACAGAGCUAAAGGAGAUUGGGGCAGUUGUGGGCCUUGCACCGAAUGGGUUGAGAACUUUGGAAAAGCUGGGUGUACAUGAAGUGCUCACAGAUGAGGUUGGGUGGCGCAACAAAAACCGGAUACCCAUGAUAUUCAAGCAUUGGAAGACUGGAGAGAUCCUGGGCCAGGACCUCAACCACAAUGUGCCAGAAUGGCGGCACCAGUUUGCCCGAAUGCACAGGGCCAAACUGCAGAAAGCCCUCCUCGCACACAUACCUCCCAAGGCCAUUCAUCUGGGCAAGAAGGCUGUGAAUGUCGAGGUGGACAGGUCGAGCGGAGCCACCGUCACCUUUUCCGACGGCACCAGGGUUCAUGCUGACAUCCUGAUCGGUGCGGAUGGGAUCAGAUCGGGCGUCAGGGGAGUUUUUGUCCCGAAUCAUGAGCUUGUGUGGAAUGGAGAUGUUGUGCUUCGGUCAACAUUCGACUAUUCUCUGGUGGAAGAUCUGAAGGACAUCCCCCAAAAUUCAUCGCACUUUACAGGACCAGACGGAUUCUUCUUUGGCACACGAAUAGGAUCGGAUCAAUUCGCCGUCACAGCUUCGUUCACGGCCGAUCCCGCGACAGACCCGGAAUUCAACGAGCCAGUCUGGAAUGCACCAGCCAGUGUUGAGACUUUACGGGAGAAGUUUCGGGCAAGUGACUGGCAUCCGGUCGUGCCCCAAAUCAUCGAACGAGUCCCCUGGCUGCGCCGGUAUGCAAAUGUUGCCGGGCGUGAACUAGACCAAUGGACCUUUGCCGAUCGUGUCACUUUGCUGGGAGACGCCGCUCAUACGCACGGCGGUGCUUUCGCAGCAGGUGCUUCACUGGCCAUCGACGACGCCUACACGCUGUCUCUGGCCUUUGACGAAGUGUUCCCCCCGACGCAAGUAUUCAGUGACCAAGCAGCCACCCCGGAGCUCAUUGCCCGGGUGCUUGGCCUGUAUGAGCGGAUAAGGCGACCUCAUGCGGCGAAAGUGCUUGCGCUCGUGCACCAAGGGAAGGCCAGCGCCCACAAGCGGUUUGAGCAGACGCGGGCUGGGAAUCCCGAGUGCGAUGCUGACUUCAGGAAACGGAUUGCCAACCGGCUAGACCCCGUGUGGCUGACUGAACAUGAUGCGGAAAGGGCGUUCAGAACGGCGGCGGCAGAGGACUUGGAGGACCGGCGUCGUGCGAGCAGAGGCCUGGCAGUUCAAGCACCGCAGGCAAGGCUUUGA